ACCACGUACUAUACCACACCGUAGCUACUCCAUAGAUUAUUUCCUAGUAACAGAACAGGAACUAUUCCGUACUCAUUCCUAUCGUCAAUCUUCAUUAAUCUAACGUCAAGUCCCACCUCAUUUCCUUCGACAACGAUAACUGGCUCGCCCUGCAACACGGACCAAGUCGCGACCCUCUCUCUGCAACGUUUGCAGCCAGAUCACGAUGGAGGGAAAUAUUAAUAUACAGAGCGCAAUUAAAACGCCGAGAGAAAUAGAACAGGAGCACCCGGAAAUGGACUCGAGAGCCAAGAUGUGCUGCACUGCAACCUUGUCUCAGUCUGCUCCGCCGUCAUUUGCUGCUCCAGGGGAACCUAUCCAGGGUAACUGAAGGGUAACACUUACACCAACCCCAACGGCCUGCACCAGUUUUGGGUCCAUCCAGAGAUUAAGCAAGAGUGUCUUCUUUGGGCUGAUCCCCCCCCCGCCUUUUUUCCUCCUUCGAAAUCACUGCUGAACGCGAACGGCGAGUCUAAUAGUACUCUGUGUACGUGUCGGAACACUUGACGUUGCACACUGUCACCCCGUUCUUCUUGGCUGGAGACGGAGUACUACAGAGUACGGAGUAAAUACCUGUUAACUACGUUAUUAACUAACUAGUUAACUAGUUACCUCCCAGCAACGACUCACUAGAUCAUCCUCUAUCCUCCACGGUGGCUUCCCGACCGCCUCCCUCCUCCCAUCACCGUCGUCGUUCCUCAUCCGUGAGACCUUCGCUCCGACUGCAACGCCCCUCAUCCG